AUGGCUUACAUUGUUCGAGGAGCCGAUUCACCUGUUGAAGGUGUUGAUCCAUAUAAAUUAGUAAAUCCGAAUCAGUUGACUAUGACAUUUCGAUUUCAAUGUUCAUCACAACAAAUUGCCAACGAAACAGCGACAAAAAUUAGUGAUGGGGAAUAUGAAAUCCAAAUAUCAUUUUUUUUUGCUGGUUUCAAACAAGUUUCGACGAAUCUUGUAUCAAUCAGCAGUGAUCAACUGAGAAGUGUUCUAAGUAAAACAGUAGCGGAUGGUGGCAGUACAAGCGCAAAAAAAAUGAUCUACAUGGAAAAAGAGGAUUCGAUAUCAUCAAUGUUGAUCAACGGUCUUGAAGAUCAGUUCAAAGCGUCGUUGGAUCAAGAGACUUCUAAAGCUCCAGACGAUGUUCAAUGGUCAGAAAAUGGAGAGACUGUUGCUGGAGGACAUGGAGAGGGCAAUACCCUUCAUAAACUCUAUAGGCCUUUUGGUCUUGUCUUGGAUGAUGAUCGGACAAUGCUCAUUGCUGACUCCUACAAUGAUCGUAUCAUCCAAUGGAAGGUGGGUGAUAAUAGUGGACAGGUGGUAGCUGGUGGUAAUGACAAUGGAAAUCGUUUAGAACAGUUGAAUCGUCCGGUUGAUAUGUUGAUUGACAAAGAGACGGAUAGUCUAAUUAUCUGUGAUUGGGGAAAUCGACGAGUUGUGCGAUGGUUUCGUCGUCGUAGCAGAAAUCAAGGAGGAAUAAUUAUCGACAAUAUCGCUUGUCGAGGAUUGGCUAUGGAUGAUAAGAGAAAUCUUUACGUCUCUGAUAUUGAAAAACAUGUAGUAAAACGAUAUCAAAUAGGAGAUAUGGAUGGAAUUGUUGUAGCUGGUGGACAUGGUAAAGGAAAUGAUCUAAUUCAACUCAAUUUUCCCACUUACAUAUUUGUCGAUCGAGAAAAAGCUGUUUAUGUGUCGGAAAACGAAAAUCAUCGUGUGACCAAAUGGAGUAAAGGUGCGAAAGAAGGCAUUAUUGUGGCAGGUGGUUAUGGCAACGGAAAUACUCUGACACAACUAUCAUAUCCUAGUGCAGUGUUUGUUGACGCAUCAGGGGCAGUAUAUGUAGCAGACGACGGAAAUAAUCGAAUAAUGCGUUGGUCGAAAGGAGCAAGACGUGGCACUAUUAUUGUGGGUGGAUAUGGUGAAGGAGAAAGACCGAAUCAAUUGAAGGGUGUCGAAGGUUUGUUUCUGGAUCGAUUUGGCAAUCUCUAUGUAGUUGAUCGCGAUAAUAAUCGUGUUCAACGAUUUUCUAUUGAAAAAACUCAAUAA